GCGGAGAGCGGCGGCCGGGAGCGAUCCCGCUGCCAUCCCGGAGAGAUCCCGGAGAGAUCCCGCUGAGAUCCCAAAGAAAUCCCACUGAGAUCCUACUGCGACCCCACAGCGACCGCCCAGCGACUCCACAGCUGCGAUCCCCCGGCGAUCCGACACCGAUCCCCGGCGAUCCCCGGCGAUCCCGGCUCGGCGGGCGCUGCCGCCAUGGGGAACAUCGCCUGUGUCCCGCAGGCUCCCGGCGGCUUCAGGAGCUCCUUCCGAAGGAAACCCUCGCUGAAGAAGGAACAAAACGGGAAGAAAAAGCUGCCCAGCUUUUUUGGGAUAGACGGAAACCAGGAGAGAGACACGACCACAGACAAAAUCCUGCAGUACAUUCCAGCCAAGAUUAUUCAGAAGCAGGAAAACCAGAAGGAAAACCUGGACCAGAGGUUCCCCAGCCUGUUCAAGAAGGGCCGGAGGAAGAUGAUUGUCAGGAAUUUGGGCAAAAUGAUUUAUUACUCCAAGGUCAAGUUUAAGUUCCAGCACUGCCAGGAGGUCAACAGCUGCUUCCUGGAGCUCUUCCAGUCCUACCUGUACUUCCAGUCCACGGCUCCCAACAGCCUCACCUACCAGGGGCUGCUGCCUCUGAAGGAGCUGGAGGUGCGGGAGCUGGGGCCCGGGCAGAGCCCCGGGCAGCAGGACCACGCUUUCCACAUCUCAGGACCCCUGCUGAACCCCCUGGUGGUGUUCUGCCCGUCCGAGGCCGAGCUGAAGCUGUGGCUCUACCACCUGGAGAAGCAGAUCCAGCUCUGCGGGGGGAGCCUGGCCCUGCCCCUGCUGUCCCAGGGCGGCUGGACAGAGAGCACCGGGCGCAGGGAGGAGCUGCGCUGGUCCCUGCAGCACCGGCCCGUGCAGGAGUGGAGGGGGACCCAGAGGGAAUCCCUGGGGGAAAUCCUGUGCGUGUCCAAGGUGAAGCUGCAGCACCUGCCCUUCCAGGAGCAGCACGACCGGCUCCUGGUGCUCUACCCCUCCACGCUGGUGAUCGUGUCCGAGGAGCCCGCUGGCCUCUGCUUCAAGGGAGAGCUCCCCCUCAAUGCCAUCCAGGUGCUGUUUGAGGAGAACGACAAAACCUCCUUUUUAAUCGAAGGCCGCCUGAUCAACUCCAUCCGGGUGAGCUGUGCCAGCUACCAGGACUACCAGGAGUGGCUGUACUGCCUCAAAACCGCCCAGUUCCGAAACGCAGACUCGUCCCUCUCGGGCUCCGACAGCUGCUCGGGGUCACGGGCCCCUCACCCCGGCCAGUUCGCCAGCAGCGGGAGAGGAUCCCUCAGCUCCGACGGCCGGACCAACUCCUGGGCGUCCGGGGGCAGAGUGACCACGCUGACCCCGCUGUCCCAGACCAGCGGCUCCCUGCCCGAUGGCCCCUCCUUCCUGCUGAGCCCCGAGGGCCGCCUGCUGGAGGAGCCCCUCUCCCCUGGCUAUUCCCAGCCUCUCCAUAGCCUGGCCCAGCCCGGCUGGCCCAGCCCAGGGCUGCCCACGCGGGAGCUGCGCAGGGGCAGCAGCGGCAGGAAAUGCAAGGGCAGGGGCAGGGGGCUGCAGGAGCCGCAGAGGAGCAGCCCCCAAAGCCCCGAGGGGGAGAUGCAGUCCCCGGUGUACCACGAGCCCUACGCAGCGCACGGCUGCCAGCAGCAGCCCCCGGCACCGCCGGAGCUGAGGUUCCUGCAGUGCCAUGGGCAGACAGGACCGUCCCCAAGUCCCCAGCACCUGUCCCUGGGGCAGUGGCACUGCCAGCCCCUGCCAGGCCCUGGCAGGGAGGUGCCCACGGGCCCCACCUAUGGCACCCCAGGGCGGCUCCAGCUGCGGGCACCGGCCCAGGGCUCCUACCUGGGGGAGAUCUCCUCCCUGCCAGAGGAACACCUGAGCCCUUCGCUGCGUGCCCCAGGUGGGAGCACCUUCGAGGGGACAGACGCCAGCUGUCCCUGCCAGGACUCGGUGUCCUACCACGACUACGCCGAGCUGCAGAGCUUCCAGAGCGACCUCAGCUACGACAACCUGUGGGAGGCUGAGGAGAAGGAGCCGGGCAGCCCCCGCAGCUCCCCCUCCCCUGCCCUGCAGGUUUACCACGUUUAGGGCUGCUCCAGGAACGGCCCCCGGGGCUCCUCUGUGACCGGGGUCCACCCCGGGACCGAGGGAGGAGCCCCGAGCUCAGCUCUGCACGGCCCGGCAGGUCCAGGGCUCCAACCCCUGCCCCAGACCUGAGGUGGGGCAGAGCAGAGCAGCCCCGGCCCCUGUGGGGCUGUCAGCGCCCGGGAGGGUGCUCAGGGCUUUGCCCCCGAAAAUCAAGGAGCAAAAAAGGGGUCAGGCUCCCUCAGGUGGAAGAACUCGGUGUUCAGAGGCAGCAGCACCCAAAAGCCAAAAAGCUGCGUGGAUUAUUUGGUUCCUUUAGCCCAGAGCCCUCGGCUGGUCCCUCUGAGGAUCCCCUGGGAAUAGACAAAGCUUCCCCCAGAGAGCUCCGGAGGCUGCCAGGACCCACAGAGCUCUCAGGGCUCUCCCAUCAGAGCUCUCCCAUCAGGAUUCUCCCAUCAGGGCUCUCCCACCAGGGCUCUCCCAUCAGGAUUCUCUCAUCAGGAUUCUCCCAUCAGAGCUCUCCCAUCAGGAUUAUCCCAUCAGGGCUCUCCCAUCAGGAUUCUCCCAUCAGGGCUCUCCCAUCAGGAUUCUCCCAUCAGGGCUCUCUCAUCAGGGCUCUCCCAUCAGAGCUCUCCCAUCAGGGUUCUCCCAUCAGAGCUCUCCCACCAGAGCUCUCCCAUCGGGAUUUUCCCACCAGGGCUCUCCCAUCAGAGCUCUCCCAUCAGAGCUCUCCCAUCAGGAUUCUCCCCAUCAGGGCUCUCCCAUUAGGAUUCUCCCAUCAGGAUUAUCCCAUCAGGAUUCUCCCCCCCGGGCUCUCCCUGUUGGCACACCAGCCUGUCCUCACAGGAUUCUUCUCCCCCUGCAAGGUCAGAGGCAGCAGGCAGAACAUGAAGGGGGAAAAAAAUAAAAAUAACUCCCCCCAGAUCUGAGCACGGGGGGAUUCCCUUUCCCCUUUGUGCCAGCAAACUCCUCCCUGGUGCCACGGCAGUGCCACCUGAUCUGUGCUCCCCAAGGACACCCCAAAAUCCCCUCGGGGCUCCCUCCUCUCCUCCCAGCCCUGCCGUGCCCGGGCUCACCCCGAGGGCUGCCUGGGGAGAGAAUUCCCCAGGGAGGAGCUCCAGGGCAGGUCCGGGGGCGCUGGGGUGUCCCUGCUGUCCCCACAGAGCCAGGACAGGACACAAACAAGGGACAGAGCCUCGGGGUUGUCCUUUUGCAGCCUCUCAGGCCAGAUCCUUUAGAAGGUCAGCAGCAAAUCCAAACGUUUCCACCUGAGGCUCCAAAUCCUCGACCUUUGUUCCCUGCAGAGGCUGCAAAUCGAGCACAGCAGCAAAAACCUCUGCUCGGGCUCCUUCUCUGGGGCAACCACAACGAUUUGUACUUGAAUAUCUCUGGCUGUAUUUUCAUUUUGGGGGGUUUGGUUCUUUUGUUGGGUUUUUUUUUUGGGGUUUUUUUUUCAGGAGGUAUCCAACAAAGUUUACAUGUAAAGUCUGAGUGGGUGCUGUGUAUUUAAAUGUGAAUGUGGCCGAGUUGAAGAGCUGUUUAAUUUUCUAGCUGUGCCUGGUGUUCAGUUCUGUGAGGGGGGCGUGUGCAGGGUCUGUGGGGCCGGAUCCUGGAGCUGUUUUGGGGAGGAUUUGUACCAAAUAACCCCCCAAAAAAUCUGUUUGUGCCCAAAAAUGCCCUGCCAGGGGACAUCCCAAAUGAGAUUAAAACAUCCCCAAAGGGCGGGGAGGUCUGCAUGGCCCCGAGUGGACACUUGGAGGGUCCCCAUCCCAUUGGGGGAUUUCUGUGGGAUUGGACAAUCCCAGUGCUCACCCCGGGAUCCUUCCCCUCCCUUUGCCAUCCCCUGCGUGGAUGGAGGUGAAUUUUUGCCCCCGGGGGCUCUGGGGCUGUGUCCAGGGGGAUUUCCAGGCUGCUGGCAGCCUCCAGCUCGCCUCAGGCUCCUUUAUCCCUCCAUCCCUGACCAAAAUCUCCCCAGAGCUGGGCCUGAGGUUGGGUUUUCCCUGAUGCUGGUCCGGGUGGGUUUUGUGGCUGUAAAAACUCCAAAACAAAUAGAGGUGAAUAAAAUAAAAGACAAUAGAAAGAAAAAAAGAAGAAAGAAGAAGAAAGAAGAAAAAAGAAAAAGAAAAAAGAGAAAAAAGAAAGAAAAAAGAAAAAAAAAAGAAAAAAGAAAGAAAAAAGAGGGGAAAAAAAAUAAAGGAAAAAAAAAAGAAAGAAAAGAAAAGCAGGGAGAGGCAUCCCUAAAGUGGAAUGAAAUACGAGGAGCACCUGCCUGACUUUUUCACGCUCCUGGCACGGCGGAGGUGGCAGAUGAGGAGCGACGUGCGGGGUGGCAGCGCCCCGGGGUGCACAGGAUCCUGCAAAGGUCACCGUGACCCUGCCGGGCAGGCUGUGAGGUCCUGGCAGGGGGACAAAACCCCACCUGAAACAGCUUUUUUAUUAUUUUCUGGGAGAAAUCCUUGGGUUUCUUAACCUAAAGGACACAAAUCAUUGAGCACAGAGUUAAACCCAGGGGUUUCCAUCCCAGCUGAGGAUGCACUUCCAGGUGCUCCUGGAUAGUUCCAGGUGUUCCUGGGUGCAGUUCCAGCUGUUCCUGGACAGUUCCAGGUGUUCCUGGGUAGUUCCAAGUGUCCCUGGG